AGGUCACAAGUCGAACUCAAAAAUUGCAAAAAAAUUAGAGUGCAUAAAUCAAAAGUAGCAAAAACAUUAGAAAAGGUAGAACAAACAGGCACAAUCAAUGACCGUAAAAACGAAUAUCAAGAUGGUAAUACUAAACUUACUGACCGUAUAAAGCGUUACAAUAAACCAGGUGGAAAUGAUCAAUAG